AUGGAGGAUGAAGAUGGGACUUGUCUACUUGAUGUUUUGUGUGACCCCCAAGCCCUGAACGACUUCCUUCAUGGGACCAACGAGCUGCAGACUGAAGACCUGCUCAUUAACUCCUGCUCUGGGGAGCCGUCCCUCUUCACAGACGCCCCGAGCCCUGGCUCUCUGCUGGGAGAUGGCAGGGAUUCCCCAAGCACGCCUCCACCGGGGUGUGUGGAUCUGUCCUUCCUGGAGGAGGCCCUCCUGUCAUCGCCCGAGGGUGGAGAAGACCCAGAGGUGGAUCAGGGUGGGACGCCCGUGGAGGCUGGAUUUGAGGCGAAGAAGGGAGACGUGGAGGAGGCCGAGGUGGCGUGUGACAUCCUGCAGCAGAGCCUGCAGGAGGCGGAGAUCACAGAGCAGACCAUGGCUCUGGAGGCAGGUCUGGCCCAACCUGGGGACAGUCUGUCGCUGUACUCACCCGCCCCGCUCCUCUCUCCACCCACCGUGCCAUUCAUACCCAAGUCUGUGGCGUUGCCCAGAGACACCCAGGCAGCGGUGGAGCCUCCCCAGCCCUCCCUCCUGGCUGUCGGGCCAGGCUGCCCUUCUCUGAAACCUGCAGCUCCUCCUCAGCUGAUGGGGCUCCUGCCUGGAAACGUGUUCCCUGCCGCUUCUCCAGAGACGACCUUCUCUCUGAGUCCGGCCCAGGCAGCCAGUAUGAUCAUCCACAAAGCUGUUCCCAGUGUGACCAGCCGUCCUCUCAUCACCCCGACCCUGAGAACAGCGGCGGUGCCGGGCAUCGUCCUGCAGCGAUCCCCACUACCCAUCCAACCCAAGCUGCCCAUCAGCAUUCAGCCCAGACUGGUUCAAAUCAGCCCCAAGCCUUCUGUGCAGAAACACCCUCCAGGUCUUACGUUUGUCCCUGGGACCGCCUCACCAAAUAUCUUACUCUCCCAACCUCCGGGCCAAAAGCCUUCAGCUCCUCCGCCGCAGCCCGCCCAGCAGCUCCACAAGCAGCUCAGCCUGCAGCUCGUCAACCAGGGCGGCUCCUUCGUGCUCCAGCCUCAAGGACUCUUCCAAGGCCAAAACCAGUUCCUUCUUCCAGGCCAGUCCCCCGUUACGAUCUCCCAGCCCGCCGGUGCAGCUCGACCGCUGUUGACCCCCGGUCACCGCGGCCCGUCGCUCCACAGCAUGAACCCGUCCACCGGGCAGCUCGUGGAAGGCUCUCAGAUCCUAACGGUGCCCCAGAGGCAGCUGAACUUCAGCCCCGUCUUCACCACGCCUUCAGGGCAGCUCGCGCUCCGCCAGGCCACUGUGCUGUCAGGACCUUUGCAGCUACAGUCGGCGCCCCCUACUGUCUUCCAGAUGCCGGCGCAGCUGGCCGGAACCUACACUGCAGGCGGGCAGGGGCAGCGCACCACCCUGGUCCACAGUCCCGCUCUUGGAAACCACAUCACCCUGAUCAACAGCUCCGGGGUGCUCCCCCCAGAUCUCACUUCCAUCUCCAUCGUUAACGGCCCCUCGGUAGUGCAGGGGCUUCCCUUCGCUGCCCGGGCCCCGGCUCCUCAGGCAGGACUGACGGAGGGACAGCUGAGCCUCCAGCAGGCCUCCGUGGUGCUGCUGCCAGACAGAGUCCUUCAGGACGAGAGGACGAGCCCAGAGACGUUCCAGCAGCUUCCACAGCCGUUUGGACGCGUCCUGCAGCACGUCUCGCUGCGUCCCCCCCCUGCAGUGCUGGGGCCCUCCUCUCCUCCUGGAGUCACAGUCCUGCUGCCCCCCCCUGAACCCCCCCGGCCUCCUGACCCGGCCGUGGAGGUCCCUGAACUUCUGAUGCCCCCGGCAGACGUGACCCCGGCGGCGGCGGAGGAGGUGACCCCCUCCAGGAGUCACAACGAGGCCUUUAUGCAACAUCUGCAACAGCAAACACUCGGCUCUCCCAUCACAUGCGAGCUGCUGGCUGCAGCGCUGGAGCCACUCGCCCCCCCGGAGGCCAAUGAGAGAGAGACUCAUCCUCAGACUCAUGCAGGUUCCGGGCAGGACGCUGCCGCCGUGAUGUCCGGCCAGCGUGCGGACGCCUCUCCGCUUCCCUCAGACCCAGAGGACACGCCUCUGAUGUGCCCCCCCCCUCCCAUUCAGGUCUCAGAGAGAGCAGCUCCGACCAGCUUCUCCCCUCAGACUCUGUCCGAUCGUUCAGCCCCACAGCCUCACCUCGAGCCCCAGCUCCAGCUCCCUCCCCAGCUCCAGCUCCCUCCCCAGCUUCAGGUCCAGGUCCCUCACCAGCUCCAGGUCUCUCCCCAGCUCCAGCUCCCUCCCCAGCUCCAGCUCCAGCUCCCUCCCCAGCUCCAGGUUCAGAUCCCUCCCCAGCUCCAGCUCCCUCCCCAGCUCCAGGUCCCUCCCCAGCUCCAGCUCCAGGUCCCGUCGUUCGUCCCCCAGCCGGCGUCCUCCUCGGUCUGCGCUUCAGUCCACAGCAGCCCCCCCCCUCCGCCUGAUCCCUCGGCCGCGUCUGAAAGUCUCUCCAGAGGAGGGCCCCCCCCCGCUGUCCCACAGCACACAGCACACAAGCCGACAGCUGCCUUGUUCGUGGAGAGCGAAGCGUUCGCCCUCGAUGUCCAGCCGCCCUCUCCCGCAGCACAGGGUGUCCAGGAGCACGGGCCCCCGGCGCCCGCAGAGCGCGGCCCCAUACGGAUGAGCCGGCACGCCGGCUGCAAGCCUGCCGGACCCCCGGAGCCGAGAGAGGAGAUGCUCUCGCCAGCAACACGCCAUCACAGGUUCCAGCAGCAGAUCUGUUCCGACCACGCGGCCGUGCAGACGUCCUUCACCGGCCCGGCCUUCCCCGGCCUGAAGGACGCCGUGAGGCGCCUGCUGCCCUACCAUUCCUGCUCCGGUCACCUGCCCACUCAGGAGGACUUCAACUUAGUGGAUCAGGAGUUCGACAGCGUGUCCGGUUUCCUGCUGAAGCGCACCAAAGAUAUGGUGAACAAAUACAGACAGCUGCUGGUGAGAGAAGCUCAGCAGGAGAGUCCGUCGGCAGAGAUGGUGAUGCUGGAGCGUCUCUUCCUGCAGGCCGAGCGAUGCGCUUUAGUGGAGGAUAGACGGAGAGUCCGCAGAGACCCAGAGUCCUUUAUGUCGGCCUUGGCUACAUCAGCGUCUUCCCCGCACAGAGCCCGGUCCUCCGGCAGCCCCUCGUCUCCCCCGGCCUGGACCAGACUCUCCGACCGGCCCCCGGGGCUGAAGACGUACCGCUCCAGCUCCCGCGGCGCUCUCAGGCUCACCAUCAAGCAGGAGUCCGGCUCCCGUAAGGUCGUCCACAACUCGGCCUGCGACCCGGGACUCAAGAGGGACCACACGGGGCAGCUGACCAACGGGGGCGGAGCUCCGAGCGAACGCCACUCUCAGGCCCCCAACGGAGCGCCCCCGCAUCCUCAGCAGGACGAGGAGAUCCCCAACGGAGCCCCCGCUGUGGAGGACGUCCCACAGGCGGCACCCGAUUCCAAAAUAAAAGCCCCAAACCCUCUUUCUAUGCCGCAGGUUUGUUGCUUCGAGUUGCCUCCCAGAGAUGUCAGCGCCCCGAAACUGAAAUGCUACAGGUCGGAGGCAACGCCUCGGCCGGAGCGGCGCUUCAGCCCGCCGCCCCCCCCCCCUCCAGAGGACAACAUGCUCAGUGAACAUCUGCAGAGCGCCAUCGACAGCAUCCUGGAGCUGCAGCGCCUGCAGGGCCCCUCUGCGGCCCCGGGCAGGGCCGCGUCGGGCCCCUCGCUGGACCAGGCUGUCACCAGCAUCCUGGAGGGACACCUGUGAGGUAAUGUCCACACAGGACACGCUAAAGGAAGUGCGACUUCUUCUACGUUCCCACUUUUGCGUCUGGCUUCAGAGAUUACUUUUUAAGGAACUGAUUGUGUGAGAAACCAAGAGGCACUAAAGAGAUGCAGCCCCCGUCGUCUCUGUGGAUACUUCAUGUUCACGUACGUUUGUGGAAAACAUAAUCUAUUUGAAUAGGAGCUAUAUUGUUUCAGUGGUAGUGACGUCAUCCAGAGGUUUACGACACUACUGUGA